AUGGCAGUUCAUGCAGUCAUGAAAGGAGGAAUUUCUGUUCGAAAAUCAGCUCAGUACUACAACAUCAAGUUCCAAACUUUGGCUCGUUAUGUGAAAAUAUGCAAAGAAGAUCCAGACAAGCCAAUGCAAAUGUCUCCAAAUUACUCAAACAGAAAAGUCUUUACGGAAAAAGAAGAGGCAGCGUUGGCGCAGUAUUUAAUUCGGUGCAGUCAAAUGGCAUUUGGAUUACCCAAGAAAGAUUUUCUGGCAUUGGUUCUUAGUUUUGCGGAGAAGAAUCAGAAGAAGAUACCAAAGUCUUGGGCAGACAACAAAGCAGCUGAAGAUUGGUUCAAAGGGUUCAUAAGACGCAAUCCAACAGUGAGCCUCCGUAAACCAGAAGCUUGUAGCUUAUCCCGACUGACAUCUUUCAACAAACACAAUGUUGGUGUCUUUUUUGACAACUUGGAGACAAUCAAGGAAAGGUGGCCGGAAUUAUUUACCAAUGGACAUAGGAUUUGGAAUUUAGACGAAACGUCAACCUGCACUGUUCAAGCUCCAAAAAAUGUACUUGCAGAAAGAGGCGUUAAACAAGUCUAUAAAGCUACCAGCGGAGAACGAGGGAUUACUGUUACGUCUUGCUUCAUUGUUAGUGCAUCUGGUACUUGUUUGCCGCCAGCAAUGGUCUUUCCAAGAGUGUAUUUCAAAGAUCACAUGCUGACAGGGUGUAUUCCAGGAACAUUGGGCUUGGCCAAUCCAUCUGGUUGGAUGACAUCAANUUUGUUUUCCAAGGUCUUGGAUCAUUUUAUUCAACACACUAAUUCUUCUCAAGAGAACCAUCAAUUGUUAAUUAUGGACAACCACGAGAGCCACGUCUCAUCAGCUGUAAUAGAGAAGGCUGUUGACAAUGGUGUUAUCCUUUUGACUCUUCCACCACACUGCAGUAAUCGCCUACAACCUUUGGACGUUUCAGUUUAUAGCCCUUUCAAAACAGCUUAUAAUGGAGAGUGCGAUAGUUUGAUGAAACAACAGCCAGGUGUGCCUAUCGACAUCUAUAAAAUUNCAUCUAUAGUUCAUAAAGCUGCUGACGAAGCAAUGACUCCCAAGAACAUUAAGAGCGGCUUCUCUAAAUCUGGAAUUUAUCCGUUCAAUCGACACAUUUUCACCGACGGCGACUUUUUGGGUUCUUACGUUACUGAUCGCCCAGUGGAAAAUGCGAGUGAAUCAGUGUCUACUAGUCAAAAUAUUCCAGACAAUUCAGAGUCUAGUCCAACAACUCAAGCACUUUUACCAAGGCCUACUAACGGAAACGAGCCUGACGCUUCAUCUUCACUGGAUGCCGGAGUGAAUGAAACCGCUCAAUCUACCUAUCAAUUGCCAGGUAAACAAUUCAUUCUGCCGGAAGACAUUGUUGCAUUUCCUAAAGCAGCUCCGCGCAAAGCGAAUCGACAAAAAAGAGAAAAAGGCCGAAGUAAGAUUGUGACUGACACUCCUGAGAAGAAUUUAGUCAUCAAAAAAGAAAACGAAAAAGCUGAUAAGGCGAACAAAUCCANCAAGCCUAAAAAGCCGUCUAAAAAGUCAAACCAGUCUAAAAAAGUCAAGAAUUUAUUGGAAGCAAAUG